AUGAUUACUAUAGUGAUGGUUUUUGCAUUAUUGUUAUCAGCUAGUAGUUAUUUUUUCAUAUCAAUUUAUUCCGCAUCACAUUUACCUUUGAACGAUAAUAUUCCCAUUCGUAAUAACAAUAACAUAACAACAACAAUUAUCGAGCCUACUACGUUGACAACAACAACUACAACUGAUUCAACUAUUUCCACUUUAGAUUCUCCACAACUAUCCAUAUUUACUGGAGGACAUUGGUUUACUGGACCAAAUAUGAUUACAUUUUUCAUAAGAUUCGAGAAUAACCAAAAUCAACUAAAUUUUGAUUUAUCUUCGAUUGAUACUUUUCUAGUUCUUGGCAACGAAAAGGUUUUAAUGAAUGGAGAUAUGAAUGUUUUUAAUGAUCACGUAAUAUCUCAUGAAAUGCGUACACCUUUAUAUGCAAUAUUUGCUUUAACUUCAAUGUUACUUGAAACGCCUAGUAUCUCAAAUAAUAGUGAAAUGAACGAAGUAUGUGAUAUGUUGGAGAUUAUUAAAAAAAGUGGCGAUAUGCUAAUAGCAAUAAUCAACAACGUUUUGGAUUUUUCAAAAUACGAAGAAGGUCAUCUACAUUUGGAACGGGUUCCAUUCUGUGUGCAAGAAGUCAUAGAGACUUCUUUGGAUAUAGUUGCACUGCAAGAUCAAGAAUCUUCCAGACCAAGAAUUAAUUACUACAUUGAUGUAUAA